AUGAUCCUGGACGGGGCAGCCAGCUCUGCUCAUAUGUGGUGCGCCGUGGCCGUCCUGUGGUGCGCCCUGCUGCAACCGUCGCGGGUCUCGUCCGUGCAGCGGCCGUGCGACUUCAACCGGCUCUGCCUGUGCAGCCACGACGUGGUGCGCGAAGUGGUGUGCGUCGGGGUGCCGUUCUCCGUGUUUCCCACCACCAUUGGUGAAUGCGAGAACGGGCAGGUGACGCUGGUCCGCUCGGGCCUCGAGGUGCUGCAGAACGACUCCUUGGCGGGCACGCGGUUGUCCACGCUACGGCUGAUGCACAACUCGCUGAGCCGCAUCUUGCCCUGCGCGUUCUGCGGCGCCGAGGACAACCUGGUCUCCCUCGACCUGAGCAACAACGCGCUCGCGCAGGCGCCGCUGCAUGCAAUGCGCGGACUGCGCCAUCUGCAGUGGCUCAACCUUCAGUCCAACCGCAUCGACGACCUGCGCCGCGCCGACUGGCAAGAGCUGUCCCGCACCGUCAGCCUCCGGAGCUUGUUCCUCGGGGAGAACAACGUCAAGAUCAUCCGUGACGGCCUCUUCUCCAACAUGAGCGAACUGACGACCCUCGAGCUUGACCGCAACCUGGUGUCCGAAGUGACGGGCUCGCCAUUCCCAGAGUCUCUGACGCACCUCAGCCUGGCGCACAACCUGCUCGAGCAUCUGCCGCGCCAGGCCUUGAGCAAGCUGCGCUCCUUGUCCGCUCUCUUCCUCGGAGGAAACCUGCUCAAGACGUUGCCGGCCACCUGGUUCCUGCCCACUCGCCGCCUGGACCAGCUGGACCUUAGCCGGAACCUCAUGGAUCAUCUACCAGAGAAGCUUUUCAACGGUUCGGUGUACGUGCGCGACCUGCACAUGGAGUUCAACUUCAUCACGGAGCUUCCAGUUGGCCUGUUCCGCAGCGUCUCUGUGGAGCGGCUCUCGCUGGCCAACAACAGGAUGGCGGACAUCGCAGAACACGUCUUCGGUGGUCUCGAGUCAGUUCUCAUCGUGCUCGACUUGAGCUUCAACCUCUUCCGCCGCUUCCCAUACGCUGCCCGUGCGCUCGCGUCGCUCUCGGUGCUCUAUCUACGUGGCAAUGCUCUCACUUCGCUCGAACGGCCUGACGUGCAGAGUUUUCGUGCCACGCUCGAAGUGCUAGACCUCUCGGGGAAUCGGUUCGACCGCGUCCCAUCCAGUGCCUUACGGACAACCAAGCGCUUGAGCAGGCUAAGUCUGCAGGACAAUCGCAUACAGAUGCUACACGACGAAGAUUUCGAGUUGUGGGCCCGAAACUUGACGACACUGAGCCUGGCCAACAACGGCAUCCGCACCCUGUCUAAAGACACGUUCGUGCAUCUGCCACGGUUGAGGGAGCUCAAGCUGUCCUUCAACGCCAUCCACUUCGUCGACCACCAUGUGUUCCUACCUCUACGGUCCACGCUGGAGGUCCUAGAGCUCAGCUCGACGUUGGGACAGCGCUUCCUGCCAUUAGAGCUCAUUCGCCACAUGAAGCGCGUCCAAUGGCUCCAGCUGGACCACAACCAAAUGCUUAACCUCACCGACUCGUACCUGCAGGGCUUGCCAUCUCUCGUACACUUCGACUUGGAAGGUAACAGGAUUGGCCACAUCACUCCGGGAUUCUUCAAAGAGCCCAUUCACCAAAGGCUCAACAGGGUAGUGCUCGCUCACAAUGACCUCAAUUCAGUGGACAGUGGAACAUUCAGGAACUUGUCGAGGCUUGCAAACGUCGUGCUUCUGGGAAACAAAAUACGCGUCCUUAGAAGCGGCUCUUUUAAAGAUCUCCCACUGCUUCACAACGUUGUCUUGUCUAGAAAUAGAAUCGACACCAUAGAAGCGGGUGCAUUCAACAAUCUCUCGAAACUUUCGAGUCUCCUUCUACAGCAUAACAACCUUACGUCAUUCAGCCUGGAUUGCCUCUACGGGUCAAGAAGCAGUGCUCUACUCUUGAACUUGUCUCAGAACUCUCUCGUUUCACUUCACGCUGGAGCAGAGGUUCCAGAUUCGUCAUUCAAUGAGACGCGUGGCUACGGCGUGCAUACUUUGGACCUUCGCCACAACCAGCUGGCUGAAAUCGACGACAAUUUUCUGGCCACUGUGGGCUCUACCUUACUGAAUUUAUUCAUUUCCAACAACAAGAUUUCAGGACUCAGUGGCAUCUUCGAUGCACUCAGCGUUUUGCAAACCUUCUACGCAGACCGCAAUGCGAUUUCCAACGUCACUUUCGGCGCAUUCCAGUGGUCGCCAGAGCUGCAGGUGAUCGUCUUGAGCGACAACAAGAUCGAAUCCAUCGGUGAAUUCGCAUUUGUGAACUUGACGAGGCUUCGAGUCGUCGACCUCAGUCACAACCGGAUCGCCUCCAUUCCAGAGGAUGCUUUCGAAAACACGGCUCUCGAAAGGCUCAACCUCUCCUUCAACAACAUGACGCACUUCAACUGCAUCGCGGCUGUCAAAGACACGUUACGUGUCCUCGACUUGUCCGGCAACCGCAUCUCCAGCAUCGGUGCUCAUCACUUCGACGGUUUUCAUACCAGUGUUGGCGCUCAACUUCUCUCGGAACCAAUUGAUCGCCGUCGACGAAAACUCGUUCGCCGGCCUGGCUCAACUAAUGCACCUGGACCUAGCCCACAAUCCGCUGUUCACUCUGAACAGGGCCUGCCUCUUACCGCUCAAGACUCUGGGCACUCUCAAGCUCAGGAAACUGCAGCCUGGCCAGACUUCCACCGUUCCACCUGGUUGUCGAACUUAGAUGUGGCUGAGAACUUUCUGUUCAACCUGUCCACCGAGACGUUCCGACACCUGAGGAGUCUUCGAGCGUUGGACGUGUCCCGCAACCUGCUCGAGACGAUGCCCCGUCACCUCUGGCGGUUCUUGCCCCUGCUACACUCGCUAGAUGUGUCGGGUAACCCGAUCUCCUCGUUGGCCCUCGACAGCUUCGCCGACGCUCAUGGUCUGCAGUCCCUGGACAUCAGGCGUCUGCAGUUGAAGUUCUUAGACCCCAGAGCUCUGCACGGUCUCAGGUUCUUGAGGAGCCUUCGCACGACCAGCUACGGAUCGGUGCGCUCGUUCCGGCUCCAGGAGCUCGUGUCGCAGCUGCACUCGCUGCGUCGAGUGCUGGUCGAAGUGGAGGAGCCGGUGCUCUCGCACCAGCUCCAGUGGGCGUUCGGCGCCAAGCUCAGCGAACUGACGGUGACCGGCCGCCAGCUGCGCGUCGUGUUUCCCGACGCCCUGCUCGGCCUGCACGGCAGCCACGAGCUGGUGCUCCGGCUGACCGGCACCAGCAUACGGCGCCUUCCGGCGGGCCUGCUCCGCUACCUGGCCGACGUGCGCUACCUGACGCUCGACCUGCGCGACAACCUGCUCUCGUCCAUUGGACCCGAGGUACUAAGGCCGCCGGGCGGCGAAGACUGGAAAGGCACGCAGCACCUGGCCGGUGGCAUCCGGCUGGAGAACAACCCCUGGGUGUGUGACUGCCAGCUGCUGUGGCUGAGCCGUUGGCUGCGGCGCUGGCUGCGGGAGACUCUGCGCGUCCAGAUGCUUCACUUCGACGCCGCCAUCUACGUCCACAACCUGGCCCGACAGAGCGAAUGCACUUACCCGGAGGGACAGCUGCGCAAGCCGCUCAUCGACCUCCAGGAGGACGACUUGCAGUGCGCGUCGUUCGCAAGUCACACCGUGACUCCGAGCCGCAUCUUGACUUUCGCUAUGGCAACUCUCAUCUGGACGCUCUCGACCGGAGGAUGACGUGUGUUCUCCUAAGUGUGCUCUGCAGUUUAGCGAUUCUGUGGGACUCGCCUUGCGUUCGACGAAGGACAACACCAACUGGGACAUGUACUCACUAACGUCCAGGUGCGCGUCUUGACGUGUGGUUUUGGGCGUAUGUGCGAGUGUCAGAAUACCGAAGCCUUCCUUGUGAGGAGCGUACAUCCCAAGCUUACGACAAUCGUUGCCAAAGAGGGACGGUUGAUGCGCAUCAGCCCUCAAUCGUCGGCCAGCGCUUCCAGUAGAAUGUUUGUGUAAUGCGUUGAAUGGCGUCAGCUCCCAUCGCAGCUGGUGUUUGUGAGACUACUUUGGGAGCGCUUGUACAUAGACUUUAGCAACAGAUGAGUGCCACGUUUCCUCUCGUCUAAGCUAGAACCGAUCUUGGGGAGCCCUUCUACCCAAAUGCACGAGAAUAGUUUUGCCCGUCGUAGUCACUGAACUUAAUUUGGAGGUUAACUUGGUACUCCUAAAAGAAAGGUGACAUUCUCUAAGACUAAGGCAUUAGUACAGAAUAGGGAAAAAAUGGCGGGUGUACCAUUCAUUCUACUGAUCAAUGCAUUGUUGCAUAGAGGAGUUGCCGGUCUAGGGAGUCGCCAUAGUGUGUUUUUCUUGAGUAUAGUAAAAUGUUUUCAAAUGUGCUUGCUCAAGUAACCAAUCUUUAUUUCUUCUUCUCAUAAUCACAACCAUCGUUCAAAUUUGUUCAGUGAUUACUCUAUAUGAGAGGGUAUACGUUUCACACGUAUUUGGUCGUGAUGGCUGUUCUUUGCCACGUGUGAAUGCUAACUUAAACGGGAGAGCUGAUGUACAAAAGCAGCCGAUGCAAUAAGCAAGGCUAGACGUACAAGAAGCCCAGCAGAUUCUGUGCCAAGAUAUUCAGCAGCGACUCAGACUUCGUACAAUGAACCCAGCACUUGGAUGCUGUGACCUUCUUCUGUCAUGCAAUGUGACUUUCCGUCAGAUUUCUCGUUUUCAAUGUUUCUCGUCAACAAGUAUGCGAGUGUGAAUGUCGCCAUUUCUUCCACCAACGCUUCGUGACUAUUCUCUUUCCUCUGAUAAGACAUAUUUCUUCUAGUAAAGUGCUUUCAGAUUUUGUCUGUGUGUUUUUUUAGUUUCACCUAAUAAAACGUGUUUUUCUAUUGGACA